AGACACAAAGAAACCUUUAGCUCCUUGCUGUCAUUUGAUGAUCGUCCAGAAUUUUAUGGACCAGAUACGGUAAGUAGGCAGCCCUAAACGUUUCUCUUCUCGUGGCCUUCCUCUGCCGGCACCGGCUAUGAAUCCAGCCAGAUAUUGCGAACGGAGCUUCGACACUACAGUAUUAGUUGCAUCCUCCAUGAGCCCAGUCUAGUUCUCAAAAUGGGCCCUUGCGAUUUGACGCCAGGAAACAGGAGAAGCCGCAUCCCCUCCAGAAGCUUUCGGCGGACAAAGGGAGGCCGAAUUGUAAGAACGCCUUCCAUUGAGCAGAAAAGACUACAUCUCCCAUCAGACUCUGGGCUGGGAAAGACUGCCCUUCCCAUCUCCUUCGCCCCUCCCACUGGACAGGAGGAGCUUGUCCAGAACUUGCCCGGGCAUGCAGCUUUCGGUUUCUCUAGAGAGCGAGCGAGCGAGCGAGCCGGGAGUUCAAGCCUUGCUGCUUCUGCGCCUGGAGAAUCGCGGUGAGCCAUGACUGAACCUUGGAACUACUACCAAACGUUUGUUUUCCUUGAUAUUGAGUCCACCGGGUUGCCCAGGGACCAACCAUGCAUAGCGGAGCUGUGCCUCUUCGCUGUUCACCAAUCUUCCCUGCAGCCUUCUCCACAGACAAAAGAACUACAGCUCCCUCGCAUCAUAGACAAGCUGAUCCUCUGCAUCAACCCCCAGAAACCUUUUACUGUGGGUGCACAGAUUAUAACUGGGCUCAGCAACCAAGAGCUAGAACAGAACUGCAAGCCGGAAAUCAACCGUUCUUUGAUGGAGACCCUGAAAGGAUUUUUAGACCGGCAAGCUCACCCCAUUUGCUUAGUGGCCCACAAUGGUCUCCGCUUCGACUUUCCCCUGCUGCGUAAAGAACUGUUGCAAAUAGGCACUGACCUACCUUCAGAUACAGGAUGCCUUGACACACUGCAGGCUUUGAAGGACGUGCUUAGAGAGCCAAACCUGAGCUAUAAUCUGGGAAAUCUGUACCAGUACUUCUAUGGAGAGGAACCAUCGAGAGCCCACACAGCUGAAGGAGAUGUGCUUACUCUUCUGCUCGUGUUUCUUGCUAAGGCCAAUGUGCUGAAGCAUUGGGCAACCUAUGGGGCCCAGAAGUGGGGGGAAAUUAAACCUAUGGAUUUCCACCACUCAAACAGGUUCUGAUCUCUUGCGGGGGAAAAUUAUCCUAUCACUGCCUGUCUUCCAUUAUAUUGAACCAUGAUUUUUAAAUGAUGAUUUCUUGAGUAAACCAUACCUUAUAAACUUGUUCUUGACAAACCAAGCUCUUUUUCUUUCCUGGAUGUAGAAAACCACAGCAAGGACCAUGGAGAAGAUAUGCUGUGGCAGUUAGAAAAACAUGAUUUAAGCCUGGAACAGGAAGAGAACACUAGAAAGAAACUCAAUCUGGUUCUGCCUAAACUUUCUUUGGUAUAACGGAGAGAGACAGGGAAGGAAAAUGCAGUUAACUUUCAGGAUUUUAAUACUAAUACCUAUAUCAAUAAAUUAGAGUGCCAAUAAAUCUUGUGGGCUCUGCUACCUGAUCUGGACUUGAAGAGGGUGACACUUGGGAUCAUGUGGCAACUGUCUGAUCCUGGGAGAAGAUGCAGCUGCUUUAAUAAGUGGCCAACACAUGCUGUGUAAGGUCCCAAUGAAAUUUUGCUCUUCAAAUCUGAAAUGCCACGUGAUCCUAGAAAUUCCUUUUCAUUUGCACAUUUACGGGGUUUUGUCUAAUUCUACUACAAAUUUUCAUCAUUACUUUUGAGCAUAAUGUACAUAGUUGCCAUAAGGCUAAAAUUUAAAGAUGUGUGUUUCAGUUUCUUAGUCAACUUUUCCAAGAGCCUUGGUGGCGCAGCCUUAAACUGCUGUUAAAGUAGCACUUAGCUGCCAACUGCCUGCAAUUACUGCGAGUUCAAUUCUCACCAGGCUCAAGGUUGACUCAGCCUUCCAUCCUUCCGAGGUAGGUAAAAUAAGGACCCGGUUUGUGGGGGCAAUAAGCUGACUUUGUAUAAAAUAGAACACCGCUUAGGGGGGCCAAAAAGCCCUACUAAGCAGGUAUAUACAAAAGUAUGAAGGCUAUUGCUUAAAGCAUUGAAAGCUGCCCUGAGUCUCCGGAGAAGGGCGGCAUAUAAAAUUGAACUAAUAAAUAAAUAAAUAAAUAAAUAAAUAAAAAAUAAAUAAAUAAAUAAAUAAAUAAAUAAAUAAAUAAAUAAAUAAAUAAAUAAAUAAAUAAAUAAAUUUUAAAGGAAAGGGAUUCUCCUGAAGACAUAUAUUUAAAUUUACUUUGAGACAGAUCUGGAUUUUGAAAAUAUUUGGAAGGAAACUUCAGGAAUCCUUUUUAUGUGCUCUGAAGGAAAAUAAAUUAUUGGUGAUAAGAAGAACAAGCUUUAGAUAACAAAUCUGCCACUAGAGUUCCAUUAUUUAUUGAAGCUAUGUUAAAUUGGGGUAGAAGUUUUUAUGGAGAAUGACAUUUGAAAUGUAGGUGUGUUGUUAACAGUCUUUACGUUAAAAAUCCUCAAAUUUUGAGGAUUUGGAUUGUUUAUAUUUGCUCUGGAUACAAAUACCAACUCCCCUCCCCCCAAUGUAUCCUGAAGUAAGGUUGUUAAGUGUCUGUUCUUCAAUUAUUGAAUGCCUUUUUAAAUUAUUAUUAUUAUUAUUAUAUAUUUUCCUUUGUUAUACAUAACAUUUCCAUUUGGCAGUGUGCUAUCUGUAUCAAAUCUCUUGAAUACACAUAAUUUUAUAUACCCCAUAAUUAUAACCGUUAUUCUCAUAAUACUUACAAUAUAAUCUUCCCUUCUAAUCGCCCUAUAAAAUUUAAUCUACAAUCAAAUAUAAUCCAGUAAUAAUAUUGCUUAUGGUAUUUUUGAUUAUAUAUAUAUUUACUUUUAUUUGCAUUUGCAUUUAUUUUAUUAAUCAUCCUUAAUUAUAAAUUACUAACUUCUGCUUCUAUUUUUAACCAUUUAUAAAAUAGGUCCCAAGUUAAAUAGUAUUCUGUUUCCUCUUUAUCCUUAAUUUUCAUUGUUAAUCUAUCCAUUUCGGCAUAGUCUAAUAUUUUCUUUAUUACAUUUUCAUCUUUUCAUUUUCAUUUUCAUUAUUACAUUUUCAUAUUUUCAUUUUUCCAAUUUUGUGCGUACAUAAUUCUCACCAUUAUCACAUAUAAUAUUAAAUAUAUAAUUCUUUUAUUGUAUUUUCCCAGUAAUAUACCAAGUAAGAACAAUUCUGGUUUUAGAUCUAUUUAUUGUGUUGUCAUUUCUUCAAAUCACCUUAUCUUUAACCAAUAUUUUUUCGCCAUUGGACAGGUCCACCACAUAUGGUAAUAGGAACCCGGUAUUUGUUUACAUUUCCAGCACUCUGGCGAUAUGUUUUGGAACAUCUUUGCCAUUCUUGCUGGUGGCAAAUGCCAUCUGUAGAACAUUUUGUAAAGGUUUUCUUUAUAUUUUGUUGACAUCGUUAGUUUGUAGUUUCUUUUCCAUGUAGUUUCUUAUUCAUUGUGAUGAAUAAGUAUUGAUGAAUACGGAAGUAGCAUUUCUAAAUAAUUUUGGCAUAAGGAAGUAGUUUCCUAGCACAGUACUUAUUUAAACUCCCACAUGCUUGCAAUAACUUGUGAAAAAAAAUUCUAAGUAAACAAAAUGUGUUGUUCUAGGAAGUACUUCCUGUUGCUUAUUUGUUUAUCUCUUAAUUAUCAGUUACAUUUGAUGGACUGUUUUGUUAUUCUCUUAUUUUUUUAUUUUUAAAAUCCCUUUAUUUGAUAUAUGCACAGUUACGUAAAAAAAGAAGUCAGAGACUGAAAGGUACAAUUGGUGAAUUGGUUAGUUUAAAAUUGUCCCCUAAUUAAAUUGGCCACAUAUUUUUUUUUUACACCUAGUAAAAAAAGUAAAAUUUACUUUCUUUAAAAAAAUUAUUAAAAAUUGGCAGAGGUUUUCUUAAAAGAAACUUUUCUCCCUCUCUCAUGCUGGAAGAUGCAGCUUCGUUGCUAUCUUCUCCAAAUGUGUAGGAUACACCUCCUUGGAUGCGGCCUAAGACAUCAGUAGGAAUUAUUAUUCCGCGUGCCACAGGUUCGCCAUCACGGGCUUAUACAAUAAAUUGGUCCCAAAAUCAUGCAAAGUUGCCUUCUUUUUAACUAUCAUAGAUUGAAUUGUACACCAUGGGGGGGGGAGGGGAAACAGUUCUUCACCUGUGAAACUUUCUUCAAAUUAUAUAGUGACACUCCAAUUUGUUCUGACUUUUUAAUAGAAUAUGAUUUAAUAGAUGAAUGUAUCUGGAUGGAUAAUAAUCUAUGGGUUUUGAAAUGAAUUAUCAAUUCUUAGUUAACUUAAGGGUUUGUUUGACUCUAUGUAUCUCAAAAAUUGGUAAUUCUUUAGAAUUCUUUAGAAUUAUUGUGUAGUAUGAAAAUUGCAUAUGGUACUUUAUUUUUAGUGUACUAACUGCUGGAGAAAAUAAAUGAAUGAAAGUACAUAUUUCAAGUAAA